AACAAUGAAGGGGAUAAUAUUAGCAUCACAACCCCUCUUGAGUUUUCUUGAAGCGAAAGAUUGUAUGAUACUACAAGAAGAAGGUCAAGGGAUGCAAAGCAAAGGCAUUGAAAGAGAAGGAGACAAUGCCGAGACUGGCCAUCUAUCUGAGAGAGUACAGUGCAUGACGCUUCACAAGAGAGGAAGGAGUGCAAAAGAGGUUUCUAGGGGAAAGUAUGGUCCGUGGGGACAAGAGCAGAAAACUAGAGCAGCAAGGCUAGAGAAACAACUCAAAACAAGUCGGAAAAUUGAGGAGCUAAUUGAAGAGCAAUUGAAUAGGUUCCCUUCUAACUACGACAGUGCUAUGUUCCCAGCCAGGCUCAAGGAUGUUCCCAAGCUCCUCAUGCCUAAAUGGUUGCUGCCUCAUGAAUUAACCACUCUGGCCUGGCUUGGGGAUUGGCGGCCCUCUUGCAUUCUAGACCUCGUCCAUGCCCUGGUCCAAUCCUCAUCAUUCUCACUGUCAUCUUCUUCAUCCAAUUCAAAUGGUGUUGAGAGGCGCCUAGCACAGCUUACUCAUGAAAUACGCAUUGAGGAGGCGAUAAUAAAUGAAGAAAUGGCUGAGAUUCAAGCUACAUGUAUCAUUCACCUUCCCUUUGCUCCUGUCAGAAAUCAUCGAAGUGGUGCUACUGCGUUGUGUUGCAUUCAAGCUGAGUUCAAGAAGAUAGAAAGAGUAAUUACCAAGGCCCAGCAACUGAGGUUUAAGGCGUUAGAGCUGGCAGUGAAGAAAGUUUUAAGGCAAAGUGAUGCGGCAGAAUUUCUAGUGGCAUUUGCAGGAAUUCAGGAUGUGAUACACCAUUUAGCAGCAAAACAGAAGUUACCAAAAGGUCCAGCCAUUCUGCCUGCCCUGGCCUCUGGCCCUGCUUAAGAGCUUUGUAGCUGUAAGGAUCUUUUAA